CAUGCUUGUUCUGCAUGUUUUGUAUUUAGUAUAAAUACCUGUUACACAUAUUCUUUUCUCCAGUCGUAAAUCAAUUCAAAUCUGAACACGAACUCCACGAGCUCCACGCUACAGAACAUGUUUUUUUCUAAACAGGUAUCUGAUGUUGAAGAGGAAGGUGAAGACCAGGUGAAGGAGAUGGAAGGAAGACAUGAUCCGGGAUCCAGGCUUAAACCAAUUCAGGUUCUAGAUGUAGAAAGAAGGUAUCAGAAAGUCCGUCAGCAUAAGCCUAAGAACAAGAUAGAUUGGAUGGACCAGGGACCAGGGGAGAAAACAAGAAGAAGAAAGGGAAAGAAAGUUAAAAGCAAUGCUAAAUAUGUUGCAAUACAGGAGGCCAAGAAAGCUAUUGAUGUAGUGAGUGAACUUCUUGGGAAUACACUUUCAGGACAUGAGCCUCAUCAACUCUUCUCAGAAUUGGUUGAGUUACAGAUGGAUGAGUGGAAGGAAACAGCACGCUGGGUAAAGUUUGAAGAAGAUGUGGAAGAGGGAGCAAAUAGAUGGAGUAAACCCCAUGUUUCUUCACUGUCUCUCCAUUCACUGAUGGAACUGAGGACGUAUUUGAAUACAGGAUCAUCAUUCCUUGAGGUGGAGGCAAAUAAUCUGGAGGAUAUUGUAGACCUUGUCAUAGAGAGCCUUAUUAGCAAUGAUUAUAUAACAUUUGAAAUGAAAGACAGGUUGAAGGCCAUUAUUCUUCAAAAACACAGGCAUCAGUUUGAAGGAAUAAAGAAGAACAGAAGUGACUCAGGAUUUCUUUUGAAUGCAGUGAAAAGUUUUUCAGAACUAAACAAGAUAAGUUCAGGAGACUUUCAUUAUUCUUCCAACCACAGCAUUCAUGAAGCAGAGGAAGCAACAAAUACCCACUUCCUAAAGAAAAUUCCUAAAGGAGCUGAGGCUGCAAAUAUUUUGGUGGGAGAAGUAGAUUUUCUCACUCGACCCAUACCUGUCUUCAUUCGGAUGGCAAAAGCUGUGAAAUUGGGAGAUUUGACUGAGGUUGCAUUGCCAACCAGGUUUAUCUUUAUUCUUCUUGGCCCACCCUUGGAUGCAAGCAGCAAAGACUCUUACAAGGAAGUUGGCCGUUCAAUAGGAACUAGUUUUUCAGACGAGGUAUUUCAUGAGGUUGCUUACAGAGCAAGAACUAAAGAACAUCUUGUGAUGGGUCUUGAUGAGUUUCUUGACUCUGUUACAGUUCUUCCGCCUGGGGAAUGGGACAGGAAUACAAGAAUAGAACCACCAAGCUCAGUCCCAUCACAAGAGUCAAGGAAGAUGUCUAGGGCACUUAGCAUAGAUGUUAUUGGGGGAACUCCAACAAAAUUCAUAAAUGAAGAGGUUGAUGAAGAAGAGGAAAAAUAUAAUUUAAGAAAGAAUGCAGGAUUGGUGUUGAGCGGAAAGUUUUGUGGGGGUCUUGUGAAUGACAUAAAAAGAAAAGCUCCCUGGUUUUUAUCUGACUUCAAGGAUGCUUUUUCUGCGCAAAGUAUUGCUGUUAUCUUUUUUUUGUACUUUGCUACAUUGGCACCAACUAUUGCCUUUGGUGGUAUACUUGGUCAGGUUACAAAAAAUCGUAUGGCUUCCAUAGAAUCAUUAGUAUCUGGCCUAACAUCUGGAGUGUUCUAUGCCUUGUUUGCUGGUCAGCCACUUACCAUCUUAGGACUAACUGGGCCAGAUCUUGUAUUUGAGACAUUGGUGUUUGAUUUUAGUGAAAAGCAAGAAUGGGAUUAUCUUUCUUUUCGAUUGUGGAUUGGGGUCUGGAUAGCCAUAAUUUUGAUAGUCCUUGUAGUUACAGAUGCCAGCUCUUUUGUAUGCUACAUAACAAGGUUUACAGAGGAAUGCUUUGCUUGUCUUAUUGCAGUUAUAUUCAUCAAGAAGUCCCUAGAAAAUGUGGCUAAUAUUGCUAUAUCUCAGCCAUACACUGCUUCUCCCUGUUAUUGCAAACCUGCGGACACACCAGACAAUUGGAACAUUACCCUUGGAGUGAUUUUUCACAAGCUAAACCAGACCGAAAUAGAAGAAUCUCUUCAAUUUUACAAUUCAAGUUCUACAGGAUCAAAAUGCUGGAUCGAAAUGGACCCAUCAACAACAUUGGAUGAAAACAUAGUUUAUGGUUUCACCACUAAGGGAUGUAACUAUGAACCUAAUGCAUUCUUUCUCAGUGUUAUUCUAUUCUUUGGCACAUAUCUUAUAGCAACAUUUCUAAAGAACUUCAAAGAUUCAAAGUUCUUUCCAGUAAUUGUUCGUUCAUACAUAUCAGACUUUGCUGUGAUAUCUGCUAUUUUAAUCAUGGUACUGGUGGAUGCUAGUCUAGGAAUUAAAACUCCAAAACUCAAUGUACCAAGUACAUUUAAUCCAACCUGGUCUGGAAGGGACUGGUUAAUUCCACCUUUUGGAAGGAACCCUUGGUGGACUGCAUUGGCAGCAAUAAUUCCUGCUCUUCUAGGUUCCAUUCUCAUAUUUAUGGAUCAGCAAAUAACCGCUGUGAUAGUAAACCGAAAAGAAAACAAACUGAGAAAAGGUGGAGGUUAUCAUCUGGAUCUCCUAGUUUUGGCAUUCACUAUUAUUGUGAAUUCAGUACUUGGAAUACCCUGGUAUGUAGCCAGCACAAUACUCUCAAUAACCCAUGUCAAGUCUUUACACCGAGAAUCAGAAACUUCAGCACCCGGGGAAAAGAGGAUAUUCCUUGGGAUUCGAGAACAACGGGUAACAGCAAUGUUUGUGUUUAUUCUAGUUGGAUGCUCAGCAUUCAUGACCCCAAUCCUUGGAUACAUACCCAUGCCUGUUCUUUAUGGAGUCUUUUUGUAUAUGGGAAUAAACUCUUUGAAUGGUAUUCAAAUGUUUGAUAGAAUAUUAAUCAUGUUCAUGCCAAAAAAGUACCAACCAGACUUCUCCUUUAUCAAGAAGCUUCCAUUGAAAAGAGUUAAUCUUUUCUCAUUGAUCCAAGUUCUAUGCUUUAUGGUACUGUGGUUGAUCCAAGAAUUCCAAGCAGUAUCUAUUUUGUUCCCAAUCAUGUUGGUCAUCAUUAUUGGAGUUAGGAAGCUCCUUGAUUAUGUCUUCACACAAUAUGAGAUGAAGAUUCUAGAUGAUGUCUUACCACAAACCAAGAGAAAAGAACGGUUAGACAUAGAGGAGAGACAUAUGAGCAUUAUACCUCCAAGGGAUUCUAAGGUAGAAUUGGAGAGUGCAGAUAUGAUAGUAGACUUUCAACCAGCUAUUCUUAACUUACAAGAGAUAAACCUCAAUCUGUAAUUCGUCAUAUUCACCCAAAAUUGAUUGUAAAAUCUUACAACAUUCUAAUGGAAAAUAAAUUAGGGGCUAAAUA